AAACGAAUCAAUUAUGCGGUAUUGAUUAAAUAAAGUAAUUGAUAUUUUAAUUAAAUCUAUGAAUUAAAUGAUUAAUUUAAAAUUAUCAUUGCACUCAACAAAUGCAUCUGUGAAAUGCAUUGGAAAGACACCUUCAAAAUGUCACCUAGCAACCCCCUGGCGUUAUUUUGCCAGUUACGAUGUCGUUAUUGACAAAACUUCCUCUAUUUUGAUUUUUCCUUUGAUUCAAGAACUUCUAUUUGCCAAAAUGCCACCAAAGAAAAAGGGAGGUGGAAAGGGAGGUUUAGGAGGUAUCAUAGAUGGGGUAGAUACAACCCAAAUGACCCGAGAACAACUAGAAGUAUUUUGUUUAAGAAUUAAGGAGGAAAAUGAAAGGGAAAGAGAAGAAAGAAACUUUUUUCAAAUGGAAAGGGACAAAUUGAGAACUUUUUGGGAAAUUACAAGAAACGAGUUGGAGGAAGCUAGAGCGAAACUAAGAAACAAAGACAGGCAAAUCGAAGAAUCAGUCGAGAAAAACGAAGACGAACUAAAAUUCUAUAAACAAAAAGUGAAACACUUACAAUACGAACAUCAAAACAAUUUAACAGAAGCCAAAGCUGAGGGUUUGGUCUCUUUGAAAACCGCCCAGGAUGAGCACACCGAACAAGAAAAGGAAUUAUUGAAAGACAAAAAAAAUUUGAAAAUCCAAAUAAGAGAAAUGGAGAAUUCCUAUGAAGAACAAAUAAAGAAUAUGAAAAUUGAACACGAUAAAACCGUUACUGAAGCCAGAAACGAGUUUGAGGAUAAAGCCAAAGAACUAGAAAUUAAAUAUGACAAAAAGUUUUGCGAUUUGAGGACCCACUUGAACACAAAACACGACAUGGAAAUAUCAGAGGUUGAAGAAAGGAAAAAUAAUCAAAUAACCGAUAUAAAAAAACACCAUGACAAAGGGUUUAAUGAAAUGAAAAACUAUUAUAACGACAUUACUUUGAAUAAUUUAGCAUUAAUCAGCAGCCUAAAAGACCAAAUGGAAGUUUUAAGAAAACAAAACGAGCGUAUGAGCAAACAAGUGGCAGACUUAACUGCAGAAAACAAAAAGUUAGUGGUACCAUUACAGAAAGCCUUGGACGACGUUAAAGAAUAUAAAAGACAGUUGCAGAAUUAUGAAAAAGAUAAAAUAUCCUUAGAGAACACUAAAGUCAAACUCCGCCAAACGUUGAAGGACCUGGAAGGUCUCAGAUGGUCAAAUGAUGCUUUAGAGUUAAGAUUUGCAAAACUUCAAGAAGAGAGGGACGAACUCCACGACAAAUUUGUUCAAGCCAUUUUGGAAGUGCAACAAAAGACUGGUGUUAAGAAUGUUUUGUUGCAAAAGAGAAUCCAGACCCUUAGCCAACUUACCGAGUAUAAGGACGCUGUUAUUGGUGAAUUGACCUGUUCUUUAGGACAGUCUCCCGAGAAGUCAAAUAAGAAAUUAGAGGAAAUUCUCACAAAGAAAAAUGCGACCAUAAAUGAUUUACAAUACGAACUAGCCAGAGUAUCUAAAGCUCAUGACGACCUUUUGGUUACUUUCGAGGAGAAAAUGAAACUCUAUGGUAUUCCGAUAUCAGAACUUGGAUUCACACCACUGAAAAUGAUACCGCAGGGACAAGCUGGACUGGCAAGAGGUCCCGCUGGACUUGUUACCAAAAAUAAAUGAUAUCUUUUAAUUUAAAUUGGAUUUUAUACACUGAUAUUAUACAUUCAUAUUUUUCCUUUGCAUUGUUUUAUUAAAGGCGUCUGGAUGGACGAACUAAUAAUUACUUUAUACAUCAUAAAGCCAUCAAUUUAUUUAUUAGAGAAGCAAACUCUAUACAAAAAUCCUCAUAAACCUCUAAAAAAUUUACGACUCCAUUGUGUUGGUGCUUAUUUAAGUUUACUUUGCGAUUUUUCGCGAUAGAUCUUUGAAAUUUAUUGCUUCCAGUGUUUCAUUAGGGCCAUAAAAGUUAAUAUAGGUAAUGAAUUUAUGAUUUGUGUGCCAGAUUUUGCAGUUUAAUAUUUCUAUUAAUAUUGUGCAAUUAUUAAUUUAGCAAGACAGGUGCAUACCAUCAAGUAUUGUAGAUACAUACAUUGUAAAAAACAUGUAAAUAAAUAAUAGCUUAGAACAUUUUAUGAAUUUAUAAAUUUGAAAAAAAUUAAAAAAAUGUUUAGCUUGGAUAGUCCAUAUUGCUUGCUUCUCGCAAUUUAUGCUGAUAGAUUAUGUGUAUCAUACAUAAAACGUUUUUGAUUGACUCAAUAGAACAGACCGCCAUUAAAUUAUUAAUUGAUUUAUUGUAGCAAAAACGUCAAGCAAUAAAACUGAAAUAGC